GCAACCUCAACCUCCUGGGCUCAAGCGAUUCUCUUGUCUAAACCUCCAGAGUUGCUGGGACUACAGGCGCCUGCCACAACGCCCGGUUAUUUUUAGAGACGGGGAGGGCGGGGGUCUCGCUCUUGCUCAGGCUGGUCUCGAACCUGUGAGCUCAGGCAGUCCACCCGCCUCAGCCUCCCAGAGUGCUAAGGUUACAGGCGUGAGCCUCUGUGCCCGGCCAAGGGAAUGAGGAUGAGCCUUGGGUUGACUUUGAGGUCAGCAAAAGGCCAUUGGGUUGUGAACCUCAGCCGGCAGUGCUCACGUGGAUUUAUUGGGUCAUUUGUGCCACCAAGUCCUCCGUUGGACCCUGAGAAGGUCAAAGAGUUACAGCGCUUCAUCACUCUUUCCAAGAGACUCUUUGUGAUGACUGGGGCAGGAAUCUCCACUGAGUCAGGCAUCCCAGACUACAGAUCAGAAAAGGUGGGUCUUUAUGCCCGCACUGACCGGAGGCCCAUCCAGCACAGAGAUUUUAUGCAGAGCGCUCCAAUCCGCCAGCGAUAUUGGGCAAGGAACUUCGUGGGCUGGCCUCAGUUCUCCUCCCACCAGCCUAACCCUGCACACUGGGCUUUGAGCAACUGGGAGAAACUUGGAAAGUUGUACUGGUUGGUGACCCAAAAUGUGGAUGCCUUGCACACCAAAGCGGGGAGUCAGCGCCUGACAGAGCUCCAUGGAUGCAUGCACAGAGUCCUCUGCUUGGACUGUGGUGAACAGACUCCCCGAGGGAUACUGCAGGAGCGCUUCCAAGCCCUAAACCCUGACUGGAGUGCUGAGGCCCAUGGCGUGGCUCCUGAUGGCGAUGUCUUUCUCUCAGAGGAGCAGGUCCAGAGCUUUCAGGUACCAUCAUGCAUUCGAUGUGGAGGCCCUCUGAAACCAGAUGUCGUUUUCUUUGGAGACACAGUGAACCUCAACAAGGUUGAUUUUGUGCACAAACGUGUCAAAGAGGCCGACUCUCUCCUGGUGGUAGGAUCGUCCUUGCAGGUGUACUCCGGUUACAGGUUUAUCCUCACUGCCUGGGAGAAGAAGCUGCCAAUAGCAAUACUGAACAUUGGGCCCACACGGUCAGAUGACUUGGCAUGUCUAAAACUAAAUUCUCGUUGUGGAGAGUUGCUGCCUUUAAUAGAUCCACACUGACCACAGCCUGAUGUUCCUGAGCCAGGAACAGGGACUUGUACUGCUGCUAAAGAUCCUUAAGGAUUCAUCCUUUUUCUUCAAACUAAUUAAAGGUCAUUGAGUGUAGCCUACAGAAGGCAGCAAAACAAUGUCUCUCUACCAGCCCAGCUCUGAACUGGGCACAUUUCAGAGCUGAGUUAAGUUCUUCAGGCUGAUGAGGUUUGCUCUUGAAGAAAUAUUUUUGUCAAAGGAGCAGUUUCUUUUGAUAGGAAAACUGUAUUCACUUCCAUUUUUGUAAUCUCACCUGGCAGAAGAAAUGACCUGGGAAAUAUGGAGUGUCCUAACCCAAGGAUCUAACUAAUUUGGGGGAGUUAAAGGUAGAAGGGAAUGAUAUAAUUUAUAAUCCAAAUGGCUAAGUGUCUUUAACUGAACCAUUUUGAUAUUUUUUCAAUAAAUAUAUAACAUGAACGAAUUUUUUAUUAACUAAGGAAUAAAGGAUUUUUUUUUAAUAGCACAUGAAGUGGCUAGGUGUGGUGGCUCAUGCCUGUAAUCCUAGCACUAUGGGUAACUAAGGUGGGCAGAUAGCUUGAGCUCAGCCUGAGCAAGAGCAAGACCUCUACUAAAAAUAGAAAGACUGCCUCAGUGCCUUAUAGCUCAAGCGGCUAAGGCGACAGCCACAUACCCCAGAGCUGGCAGGUUUGAAUUCAGCCUGGGCCUGCCAAACAACAAUGACAACUACAACAAAAACAACAACAAAAAAUACCUGGGCAUUAUGGCGGGCACCUGUAGUCCCAGCUACUUGGGAGGCUGAGGCAAGAGAAUCGCUUAAGCCAGGCGUCCUCAAACUUUUUUCUUUUGGGGGGGGGGUUCAUUGAGGGUACAAUAAGCCAGGUUGCACUGCUUGCAUUUGUUAGGUAAAGUCCCUCUUGCAAUCGUGUCUUGCCCCUAGAAGGUGUGGCAUGCACCAAGGCCCCGCCCCCUUCCUCCUUCCCUCUUUCUGCUUUUCCACCCCACCCCCCAUAACCUUAAUUGUCAUUAAUUGUCCUCAUAUCAAAAUUGCAAAUUUUUUAAACAGGGGGCCAAUUCACUGUCCCUCAGACCGUUGGAGGGCCGGACUAUAGUUAAAAAAAAACAAAACAAAACUAUGAACAAAUUCCUAUGCAUACUGCACAUAUCUUAUUUUGAAGUAAAAACAAAAUGGGAACAAAUACAAUUCACACCACUUCAUGUGGCCUGCGGGCCACAGUUUGAGGAUUCCUGGCUUAAGCACAGGAGUUGGAGUCAGCUGUGAGCUGUGAUGCCAUGGCACUCUACCCAGGGCGACAGCUUGAGGCUCUGUCUCAAAAAAAAAUAAAUAAAUAAAUAGAAUAAAAUAAAAAUUGAAAAAUAGCCAGGCGUAGUGGUGCAUGCCUAUAGUCCCAGCUACUCGGGAGGCUGAGGCAAGAGGAUUGUUCAAGCCCAAGUUUCAGGUUGCUUUGAGCUAUAAUGCUCGGGCACUCUACCCAGGGUGACAGAGAGAGACUCUGUCUCAAAAACAAGCAAUAAAGUGUGCAGGCUGUAGGGGUGUUGAUAGUUCUCUAGGGGUUGACUUCUAUUUGAUUUCAGCUGUUAGAAUGAGAUACUUAGCUUGAACCUGUUGUGUAGAGAGGAAACAGUUAAUUCCCAAGUGGGCUGUUUUUUUUUUUUCUUUUUUGCAGUUUUUGGCCAGGGCUGGGCUUGAACCUGCCACCUCUGGCAUAUGGGGCCAGUGCCCUACUCCUUUGAGCUACAGGCGCCACCUCCCAAGUGGGCUCUUAAGUUGUGAGGAAAGCAACCAUGCUUGUUUGAUUACUGAGUUAACCAUAAGGAAUCAGUGCACCAGGGUAAAGCUUUCUGCUCAAUCUCAUCACAAAGUGAGGUGGAUGAAAGAAUCAGAGUGAUAGCCUUUUGUCUAAAAUUAGGGCAGGCAAUACAUGUUCAUCCGCACUUGCCAAGGAAGCAAAUUUCAGUUAACUGGGCUAAGUCAUCCAAUUGAAAAUAAAAUUCAUUUUACCUGAACAAAUAUAGGUUUGCUCAUAAUCAUGAAUUCUGAAGAGGUGUCAGGUUGAUGUAAAUCUCUUUGCAGCUUUUUUGCCAAUGGUGAUCCUAAGGUGCUUUUCCCCCCCAAGUGUGAAACAAAGUUUAUUGAGAAAGAAGGGUAGAUUUACAAAGUGAGAGCAAGAUGUAGGUUUACAGAGGAAGAUAUGAUCACCUCUGUACGUCUGAAUUUUUUUAAUAGCACACCAAGUAUCUAGGUGUGGUGAACAGUGAACCUCCCACCCCCAAUUGUCACACCAGCUAAGCAAAGAGGCCAAUCCUAAGGUACUUUGAAACAGAUUUCCUUAUUUACCCAAAGUUAGUACCAAUAAAUGUAUAAAAAUUUGGGUCUUUUGGCUCGAUGCCUGUAGCUCAAGUGGCUAAGGCACCAGCCACAUACACCAAGAGCUGGUGGGUUUGAAUCUAGCCCAGGCCUGCCAAACAACAAUGACAACUGCAACCAGAAAAUGGCUGGGCAUUGUGGUAGUCCCAGCUACUUGGGAGGCUGAGGCAAGAGAAUUACUUAAGCCUAGGAGUUGGAGGUUGCUAUAAGCUGUGAUGCCACAGCACUCUACUCAGGGCAACAGCUUGAGGCUCUGUCUAAAAAAAAAAAAAAAAUUGGGGUCUUUUGAAUCUCAAGCCAACCAUAGAUCUCAUCAACAGUUAUUGACAGACACUGUAUUAAGAUACCAAGGAUACAAAGGUACAACUUUUUGUACUCAAACUGCUGACAGAAAAUACUAUUCCCCCCCCCCACCAAAUGACAGAAUUAGAGAAAAUUUAGCUCCUCCCACUCAUUUUAUUUGUAAAGAAAGUAAGUUCCAGACUUACCCAAGGAUGCACUACAUGGUUUCAGAGUCAGAACUAGAAUUCAGGCAGAAUUUCCUUCCAGUUUUUUUUCUUUUUAAACAACAAUGAGAGCAUUUGUCUGCAGAUUGAGUCAAUUAUGAAAAAUUAUUGCCAGCCUAUAAAUUGAAGUAAAAGCCAGCAGUACAUCUGGCCAAGGAGACCAGGAAUGGUUAAAAUGUAGUGUAGUGGAAAACAGGUUAGGUUGCCAGGAAGGGAAGGCAGGCUCUUUCAGCACUUCAGUGCUGGCACAAAUCGUGAAAUCAAGUCUUGAGGGCCUUAGGAAUGUUUGCUUUAUUUUAACAUUCCCUUCUGAGAUGGAGUGCUUUCAAAAAAAAAAAAACCAACCAUAUCCCAAGGGGAACCUGGUGGCAGGGAAUGGUGGUUCAUGCCUAUAAUCCCAGCACUCUGGGAGGCUGAAGUGGUGGAUUGCUUUAGCUGAGGAGUUUGAGAGCAGCCUAUAUAAGACCAAGACCCUAAAAGCUGUGUUAACUAAUGUGAUGAAAAUGUGUCAAACGAUCUAUGAACCAAGUGUAUGGUGCCCC